CUAAAGGCCUUAGAUGAUGAAAUCAAUGCCUUUUUGGACAAUAUGUUUGGACCUCGGGAUUCUCGAGUCAGAGGGUGGUUCAUGUUGGACUCCUACCUUCCUACCUUUUCUCUCACUGUCUUAUACCUGCUUUCCAUAUGGCUGGGCAACAAAUACAUGAGGAACAGAGCUGCUUUUUCCCUCAGGGGCAUCCUCACCUUGUACAACCUUGGAAUCACACUUCUCUCCGCAUACACGCUGGCAGAGCUUAUUCUCUCCAGUUGGGAAGGAGGCUACAACUUACAGUGUCAGGAUCUUACCAGUGCAGGGGAAGCCGACAUCCGGGUAGCCAAAGUGUUAUGGUGGUACUACUUCUCCAAAUUAAUAGAGUUCCUGGACACGAUCUUUUUUGUGUUGCGGAAAAAAAGCAGUCAGAUUACCUUUCUUCACGUAUACCAUCACGCGUCUAUGUUUAACAUCUGGUGGUGCGUUUUGAACUGGAUACCUUGUGGGCAAAGUUUCUUUGGACCCACCCUGAACAGUUUCAUCCACAUCCUCAUGUACACUUACUAUGGCCUUUCUGUGUUUCCAUCUAUGCACAAGUAUCUUUGGUGGAAGAAGUAUCUCACGCAGGCUCAGCUGGUGCAGUUCGUGCUCACCGUCACCCACACCAUGAGUGCUGCCGCGAGGCCCUGCGGCUUCCCCUCCGGCUGCCUCAUCUUCCAGUCGUCUUACAUGCUGACGCUGGUCAUCCUGUUCUUAAACUUCUAUGUUCAGACAUACUGGAAAAAGCCAAUGAAGAAAGAUGGGGAAGAGCCACAUGCAGGGAAAGAAGUUAAGAAUGGUUUUUCCAAAGCCUACUUCACUGCAACGAAUGGAAUAACAGCCAAGAAAGCACAAUAAAUGUUGAGUAAGACAAGGCAUAUAUACUAGCCUAACAGAUCCGCUUGUUUUAAAGCAAAGACUGAAUUGAAAGUUCUAUAUGUUUUAGCAUAAACUGAUUUCUUUUGAGUUUAUAAAUCAUUUGUA